AUGCGGUCGAGCAAGUUCUUCCGAGAAUUCGCGAAACUCUUGACCCGCCUUGGCCCUCACCGGAGCUCGAAGGCCGAUAAGGUCACGUGGGUAUUAUCGCCCCGAGUGGAUGUCGAGUGGGCGCCGCGCCGAGUGGAUGGCCGGGGAGCACAUUCGCAUCAGUCCCUGUGGCUUCUGUUGCCUCCUUCGCACGUCUGCAGCAUGCCCACGAUGAAUCUGAAGAAGCUCGUCAUCAGCAGCCAAGCGAUCCGGGAGACUCUGGCCGAGUUUCUCGGUACCUUCAUCCUCAUGCUGAUGGCGAACGGGUGUGCAGCCCAAGUGAUCUUGAGCAAGGAUUCGUAUGGCAACUUCUUCACCAUCAAUGUGGCCAGUGGGAUCGCCGUCGCCUUUGGCGUCAUGGCGUCUGGGGGCAUCUCGGGGGGUCACAUAAACCCGGCGGUGACUCUGGGAUUCGCGGCGAUCGGGAAAUGCCCCUGGAGGAAGCUGCCUCACUAUUGGCUGGGCCAAUACCUUGGCGCCUUCGCUGCGUCCGUCCUCCUCUACGGCAUCUACUCCGACGCGCUGGACUUCUACGACGGUGGGAACCGGACGGUGGAGGGUAAACUGGCGACGGCUGGCCUCUUCGCUGCCUAUCCCAAUCCCAAUGGCUUCCUCUCCACUGGCAUCGGCUUCCUCGAUUCCCUGGUGGGGACGGCCAUGCUUCUACUCCUGGCAUGUGCCGUGAUCGACGAGAGGAACAUGCAGGUGUCGAAGGCCCUGUUCCCGAUGUACAUCGGGGCGAUCGUGGCGCUGAUCGGGAUGUCCUUGGGAUGGAACUGCGCCUAUCCCAUCAACCCGGGGAAGGACAUUGCGGCGCGGUUCUUCACGGCCAUUGCGGGGUGGAGCUUCGACGUCUUCACGUGAGUAUUUUUUUU